AUGAUUUUUGAAGAUUCUAUUGAAAGAGUAUCGCUGAAGUGGAUACAUGACAAAGCAAAUCGAAUUAUAAUUAUUUCUCAAGAAAAUCAAUUAACAAAAUAUAUAAUCAGUGUUUUGACUCAUAAUCUUAUUCGUGUUCGAGUUUGGCCAAAAGGCGAACCAGUGACAGCACGCACAUGGGCUAUCGUUGAUAAAGAAACAAAUGACGUUCCUUAUGAAGGUCGCCUCCGCCAUGAAAUUUCACGAAAUAAUUAUGGUAAUGACACUUGUAUUUUCACUGUGAUUGAACAUGAAAAUGAACUAUUGAUAUCCACUGAUACAAUUACGUGUAAAAUUCAUUUACAUAAACCAUUUGCAAUCGUAUGGAUGACAAAUCAUGAAAUUCUUCUGCAAGACAAUCCUGUUUGUAGUUAUCAGUAUUCAACUUCCACACAGCAAUUUCGUCAUACACUUUCUCGACCAUCGACGGAUGAUCAUUAUCAUUAUUAUGGUUUAGGUGAGAAAAGUGGUCCAAUCGAUAAAAAAUCUCGUCGAUAUCGAAUGCGAAAUAUGGACGCCAUGGGUUACAAUGCUGAACAUAGUGAUCCACUCUAUAAACAUAUUCCAUUCUACAUAACAUUACGACAUGAUCAUGCAUUCGGUUUAUUUUAUGAUACAACAUAUGACUGUACAUUUGAUUUCGGCUGUGAAAUCGAUAAUUACUUUGGUGAUAUGGUAUAUUUUGAGAGUAAAGACCCAGAUUUAGAUUAUUACUUUAUCAACGGACCUCUAAUUGAACAUGUAAUUGAGCAAUAUACAAAACUAACUGGACAUUGUCCGUUAGCACCUAAAUGGACAUUGGGAUAUUUGGGUUCAGCAAUGAAAUAUACUGAUGCAGCCAAUGCCCAAGAUAUGCUAAAGAAAUUUAUUGAUAAAUGUUCUAAAUAUAGUAUUGAAUGUACGGGCUUUCAUUUGUCUUCAGGUUAUUCAAUGAAUAGUACUGAUGGAAAACGGUAUGUAUUUGUUUGGGAUAAACAGCGUGUGCCCUCACCGCCAACUAUUGCGGAAAACUUUCAUCGUGCGGGAAUGAAAAUUUUAGCAAAUAUUAAACCAGCUAUGUUAACUACACACCCAUAUUUUAACGAAUGUCGAGCGUUGUUUAUUCAGAAUGACGAACAAAAACAACCUGAUCUAUCACCAUUUUGGGGUGGAUUGGGUGCACAUCUGGAUUUCACUAAUCCCAAGACUGUUCAAUGGUGGAAAAAUCAAGUUAUCGAAAAAAUAUUAAAGAAUGGAAUUGAUUGUACGUGGAAUGAUAAUAAUGAGUUCAACAUACGAAAUUCUCAAGCGAAGUGUUUUCAUGGACAAUCAAUUGAAGGUUUACGACCUAUUCAAACAAUUCUAAUGAUUAAAUCAUCAUAUGACGCACAAAUUCAAGCAAAUCCAACUGUUCGUCCCUGGUUAUUAACACGUGCUGCAUGUGCAGGUGCACAACGAUAUGCUGGGACAUGGACAGGAGAUAAUCGUUGUUCAUGGCAUACAUUGAAGUAUAAUAUACCUAUGGGUUUAAAUUUAUCUCUAAGUGGUUUUCCAUUGAUUGGUCAUGACGUUGGUGGAUUUGCUGGUGAAAAACCUUCGUUAGAAUUAUUCGUUCGCUGGAUACAAAAUGGUAUAUUUCAUCCGAGAUUUUGUGUUCAUUCAUGGCGUCCAAAUCAAGAUGACAACUGCGAUGAUAAUAGUGAAAAUUCUCUUUGGAUGUAUGAAGAUGCUCUUCCAUUGAUUCAUGAUGCCUUAUAUUUUCGUAAGCAUUUACAUUCGUAUCUAUAUUCUCUUUCACACGAAGCGGCGAUAACCGGUCAUCCGAUUAUUCGUCCAACUGUUUAUCAUUUUCAAUUCGAUGAAAAAUGUCGUGAUCAAUCUUUUGAAUUUCUCCUUGGACCAUGGCUAUUGGUCGCAUCUGUUUAUGAAGAAAAUGCCACAAAUCGUACAUUAUAUUUACCAUCCGGAACGAAAUGGUAUGACUUCUGGACAGAUCAGAUUUAUGCUGGUGGACAAACGAUCACAGUCGCAGCAACAUUGGAUAUAUUUCCGUUAUUUGUUCGUGAAGGUGCUCUUUUACCAUUUCAAACUGAUGAUGGCUUAGAAAUACGCGUUUAUCCAUUCGAAGGAAUCGGCACAAGUGAAUUUAAUCUAUACGAUGAUGAUGGUGAAACGAUGGAUUGUUAUGAUGAAUCGCAAGGAAGAUUUGAUUUACAAACGAUUCGUUUAUUAUGCAAUGAAAAUCAUAUUCAAAUCGAUACAUUUGUCAUCGAAGGAAACGAAACAAGAUUGCAAUGGCGUUUUCCUCUCAACGAACAACGUUCAUAUCAAGUGAAUCAACAAGAAUAG